CAGCCAGCGAUUAGUCCCCAGCGGCCAGCCAGCUCGUGAAUUAAAUAUUGUUAAAAAUUCAAUUUAGUUAUUGCCGGGAAAAGUCUGUUAGCCUGUUUGUGUGCUUAGAAGAAAAUUUUGCAAAAUAUACGAUUUCAUAAUGGCAGCGCAAACUGUUUUAUUUGAUUUCACAUUGGACGCUGUGAAAACUUCUGAUCCAAAAGAAAGACAGGAAAUCGCCAAAGUGUUACGGCAUGAGUUGGAGCACAUUUUUCCCCAAAUAUCUGUGGAGUAUCAAAUGGAUAUUGUGGAUGGAUACUUUGCUGUUUUGGCUGAAAAUAAGGAAACCAUUGUGACCGUGAGAAUUUUUGGCCAAGGUCUGGUCACCAUUAAUGUGGAAUACUAUUUGGAGGAUGGCAAGGAACAGCUCAUGUCCUUUGAUACCAUGCGUGCUUUGGAAUUAAUAUUACAACAAAAGUUAAAUUCUGAUAAUUCCAAAUAUUUGCCGCCUAUUAAACGUGGUGGAUACAUUGAUAUUUACAUGACAACUUCAGAUGAACGUAUUAUCGAAUACGACAUUGAUUCCUUGGUCUACGAGGCACGUUCACCAUUCCAGAAGAUUCAAAUCUUGCAUUCGAAGACAUUGGGCAACAUGUUGAUAUUGGAUGAAUUGCAAAAUAUCGCCGAGUCGGACUUGAUUUACACGGAAACCUUGAUGGGGCGUGGCAUUGAGAACUACGAAGGCAAAGAGAUCUGUAUUUUGGGUGGCGGUGAUGGUGCCCUACUCUACGAGCUGCUCAAGGAGAAACCCAAAUUCGUUGUUAUGCUGGAAAUCGACGAAUUGGUUAUGCAGGCCUGCAACAAAUAUUUGAACAGUAUUUGCGGUGACGUUUUGGAGAAACGUAAAGGCGACAACUAUGAGAUUGUGGUGGGCGAUUGCGUCGAAUACAUGAAAAAGUUUAUUGCCGAGGGACGCAAAUUCGAUUAUGUGUUUGGCGAUUUGACCGAUAUCCCCAUAUCGGGUGCACCAAUUGGCGAAUGCUGGGACUUUAUACGCACAAUCCUCGAGCAUUCAUUCAAGAUCUUAAAGCCGGAUGGCAAAUACUUGACUCAUGGCAAUGGCACCAGCUGCCUGGAAUCGUUGGAAUUAUUCGAGGAACAAUUGGGCCUGCUUAAGCCCAAGGUGAAAUUCACCACUUCUAAGGCGUUUGUGCCCUCGUUUAUGGAAGAAUGGCUUUUCUACCAAGUCUGCUUGGCUUGACGAGGUGAAGGCAUUAAUCAAAUGCAACAAGAAUUCAAUAACAAUACACAACAACCGCAGCGACGACUUCAUUCAAUAAACAAUAACCAAAAUAACGAGGCUUCCUUAACUGUUAGAGCAAACAGCAAGGCAAGGACGAGCCCAGAGAGCCACUUGCCAUUAAGCCCCCCAUUUGCGUAUGAUUUCCAAACGACCAAAUACAGACGUUUUCUCUACCACUCAUCGAUAUCUUAGUCACCUCCAGAGGGGGACAACUGCUUGCUUAACAACUUGAACUUAGACUUACUUUCGUCAUUAUUUCAAUGUCAAUUCUUUUAUUUAAGGAAAAAGCAUACCAAAUAUUUAAGAUCAACAUGUAAUUACUUUAAGUUAGCAUUUAGUUAACAUGUGAUUUAAAGCACACACACACCCCCCGGUAACGCCCAGCUUCAUGAAGCCUUUGCCCCGCAUACACUUCCGGCCAACAAACCUAUUAUAAGAGAGCCACUCCCUUGCCUCCAAAGUCAUAGGGUUUAUUUUAAGUUUAUCAUUAAAAAACAAACAAAAGUGCAUUACAAUUUAUAUUUAGUUCCUUUAGUUUAAAAACAACCUUUUUUUUUUUGUUUGUUUUUUUAACCCAUUGACCUCUGCAAUGCAGAGGAAGAAUUCAUGUAGUGUUCAUCGGUUGAACUGAGAAUUGUACUUACUCGCCUAGUAUAUGAUCACCAUCACGAUAUUUGUUUUCUUUAUUCAAACUCCUCUUAUGUUGUUGUUCCUGUUCAGAGUGGAUGCUCCAAGCGAAGACAAAGCAUAAAACGACUUAAGGAAAAUGUGUGACAAGAUUUAUUUUAAUGAACUUAUUAUUCUACAUAACAAUGUUUGAUUUAAGGCAUGUAUUAAAAACAAAAACCAAAAAUAUUAAUAAAAUAGUCGUACGCAGAAUAAA